AUGUCAUACAAUCAUCAACCACAACUAUCUGUUAAUUCGGUUCAAUCGUUAGUGGAACCUGUGACUCCGCCUUCAUUGGGGCAAAUGAACAACAAGAGAAACCAUCAAAAAACUCAUUCCUUAGAUCUUUCUGGAUUUAACCAGUUUAUGUCCUCCCAAUAUCCAAUGGCCUUGAUGAAUACUAUAUCUCCAAACAACGGUAAUGUGAACACUAACAACAUGUCGACUUUAAAUAUGCAACAAGGCAACACCUUGCCAUUGAUUGAUGAGUUCGAUAUUUCCAUAAAUAAUUCACAACAUUCUGGUUUGGGAUUAACUGCUUCUGUUACCACUGCUAAUACUGCUGUUAAUGCCGCAAAUUCUUUGAUGUCUAAUCCACCCUCAUCAAGAAAUAUCUCUAACUCAUCAUCAAAUUCUGGUCCUUAUAAUGAGAAUGAUAAGAACCCAGUUGUAAGCAACACUAGUAAUAAUUCUACUUCUUCAUCUAUGAUCGAACUAUCUUCUACCCCAUUAGAAGAUUUGGAUUAUGUCAAAUUAGCAACUGAUCAAUUUGGUUGUCGAUUCUUGCAGAAAAAAUUGGAAUCUAAUGCUGAAUCUGAUAUUGUUAGAGAUUUAAUGUAUGAGCAAAUCAAACCAUACAUCUUGGAUUUGAUCUUGGAUCCCUUUGGUAAUUAUUUGAUUCAGAAGUUAUGUGAUUAUUUAACUACAGCACAAAGAACUGAUAUGAUUCAAUCUAUCUUUCCACAGGUUUUCCAAAUAUCCAUUAACCAAUAUGGUACGCGUUCAUUGCAAAAGAUUAUUGAUACUGUGGAUAGCGAUGUUCAAAUUGAAACAAUUAUUAAGGGUUUCUCCCAAGAAUAUACAUCCAUUCAACAAGUAGUAACUUUAAUUAAUGAUUUAAAUGGGAACCAUGUAAUUCAAAAAUGUAUCUUUAAAUUCCCACCAUCCACAUUUGGUUUUGUCAUUGAUGCCAUUGUGGAGAAAAAUAACAUCAUAACCAUUUCAACUCAUAAACAUGGUUGUUGUGUUCUUCAGAAAUUGUUGAGUGUGUGCACUUUACAGCAAAUCUUCACUAUAUCAGUUAAGAUAAUUCAAUUCCUACCAGGGUUGAUUAAUGAUCAAUUCGGUAACUACAUUAUUCAAUUUUUAUUAGACAUUGAUGACUUAGAUUAUUAUUUGCUUCCUGAAAUUUUUAAAAGAUUAUCAAAUGAACUUUGUCAAUUGUCCUGUUUGAAAUUCUCUUCCAACGUGGUGGAAAAGUUUAUUAAGAAAUUAUUCAGAAAUGUCAAAAAAUACCUUCAAGAAAAUCAAUCCAAUAAUGAUGAAGUUGUUCAAAACUCAAUGAAUAUUCUUUUAUCUAUUGUAGAUAUUUUUACCUUGAAUUUGAAUGUCCUAAUUAGAGAUAAUUUUGGGAAUUAUGCAUUGCAAACACUAUUGGAUGUGAAAAAUUACUCUUUGAUGUUAGACUAUCCAGGCAAUAGCUUCAUUGUUAAUUUGGGGAAGUAUUCCGCAUUUAGUCAUGAAUUCACAUCUAAGAUUAAUAGUCUUAUUAUCCAAACCAAGGAAUUACUCCCAAGUAUUAAAACUACCUCUUAUGCUAAGAAAAUUAAACUAAAGGUAAAGGCUUAUGCUGAAUUGACAGGCUUGGUGUUCCCAGAACUGGCUCCAAAGAAAGUGAAUCAUCAACCUAAGACUCAAUUCUUCAAUAAUUACAACUCAAACAAUGCAAAGAACAAAAAUAUUGAUGCUAAUAUCAAUAAUAAUAAUAGUAGUAUUAAUAAUAAUGGUUCCAAUCCUAAUCACUAUCCAAGACAACAUGCUCGUCACUUUUCUCUGCCAGCUAAUGCCUAUCAUAGGAGAAGUAACAGUUCUGCAUCUUCAUCAAUUCUAAGUCAGCAACAACAACCGGAUCAACAAUCAUCCUCCUCGGUUAGAAGUAGUAUCUUCAAUAACCAAAAUGUUUCACCUUUGAAUUACCAGCAGCAACAACAACAACAAUCCGUGAUGAUGCCAUCUAUUAAUCAGCAGUACGCUUCUCAACCAGCAUUUUCUAUUUCUACAAUGACAAGACCUGCUUCUAACAUGAGUUUACAAUCAGUGCCAACAAAUGUUGGGUAUCAAGGAUCAGCACCUCAACUAUCAGUGCCUCAAAUGUAUUUUAGAUCUGAUAGCAUAAGCGCCGGUAGUAGUAGUAGCACAUUAUAUCAAAAUAAUAAUGUCAACAGUAUCAACAAUAACCCUAACAACAACUUUAAUGAUAUCAUGCCCAAUCCAAUGAUGCAAAAUAUGUCAUUUACUAAUAAUUUUAAAAACGAUGCCAGCGGGUUAACUCAAACUAAUAACAGAGUUAUCAGCAAUCCAUUACCACAACCAGGUUUUUUAGCCAAUAACAACAUCAAUAAUGUAGGUUCUUCCCAGAUGCAAAAUAUGUUUAUGAAUAGUCCUGGUAAUAUCAAUGGACCUGAUUACUCUAAUAAUAACAUUAGAUUCCAAUAA